GAGUUGGGUCGACAACAGACGAGUAACCAUUAGAACGGGGCCAACCAUUGUAUCUUACGGAUGCCCACGGAUCCAGUUUGUAUAUAGUAUACGGCCAUGUGGAUGCGGGGAUUCUGAUAAGUUCGAUGCGCGAAUAUAGAGCUGAAAGUAACUCAACGCGGCCGAUGACGAAAUUCGGUUGUAACGGAUAGAAAUACAAAGUGAUUCGAAGUGAAGUGAUCUGCCCAAGAGAGCCCUCCAUAAAGCCCGUACUAGUACCAGAGUAUUUAAGGCAAAUGUCAUAGUGACAGUGGAAAAGUUUACUCCCUUUAAACGUGAAUAGAAAUCAAACUUGAUCCGAAGAUUAUAAAUCGCUGGCAUUUCCAUCUGGUUUCUUUCUGCGCUAAUGCCGAACUAAUUAUAUUAGAGGCGAGCGCGUGUCCCCCUUCGAGUGAAAAAGCGCUAAUCAACCGCGAUCGCCCCAAAGCCAAUCCUGGCUAUAAAACAAGUCUUCUGUAAUGCAAUCAUCUAUACAUUUGUAUAUGUAGAUAUAGUCCAAUUUAACUCCAUUUAACGUACUUCAACUGCCAUCCAGAAUGCAGUCCAUGAAAGCGGACGAUCUCCCGGAGAAUCCGCGGGAGCACUCCAAUCCCAUCUCAUCGCUCUUGUUCUGUUUCGCCCUUCCCAUACUCUUCGAGGGUCGCAAGAAGACACUGGAACAGAAGGAUCUCUAUAGGGCCCUCAAGGAACACAAAUCAGAUUCCUUGGGUGAUCGAUUGUGCAAGGCAUGGGAUGAGCAGGUGAGGAAAAAUGAGCAACCAAGCCUGCGACGUACCAUGAUGAAGGUUUUCGGGUGGCACUUGGCCCUUACAGGACUUUAUUUAUUCCUGCACGAGUUCCUAACCAGGGUCUCUCAGCCAAUUUGUCUCUUCGGACUCAUGGCCUACUUCUCUGGAAAGGAUCCGGAUCUGACCAAAGCACAGCUCUAUGCAGCGGGAUUGAUUGCUGGAUCCGUGCUUAGUGUUAUGUCAGGUCAUCCCUAUAUGCUGGGGCUACUCCACCUUGGCAUGAAAAUGCGUGUCGCUCUAAGCAGCCUGAUUUAUCGGAAAGCCCUAAGACUAAGUAGAACUGCCUUGGGAGAUACAACCGUCGGCCAGGUCGUCAAUCUCCUCUCCAAUGAUGUCGGACGUUUCGACACUGUCCUAAUCAACGUGCACUACCUGUGGCUGGCUCCACUGGAACUGAUUCUAGUCACCUACCUGAUGUACCUUGAGAUCGGAGUAUCCUCCUUGUUUGGAAUAGCUGUAAUGCUUUUGUUCCUGCCCUUCCAGUCCUAUCUGGGCAAGAGGACCAGUGUCCUGAGAUUAAGGACGGCCCUAAGGACCGACGAGCGUGUCCGGAUGAUGAACGAAAUCAUUUCGGGAAUCCAGGUCAUCAAGAUGUAUGCCUGGGAGAAGCCGUUCGGCAAGUUGGUGGAACUGACUCGCUUCAACGAGAUGGUGUGCAUCAAGAAAGUCAACUAUAUCCGUGGAAUACUCCUAAGUUUCUCCAUGUUCCUGUCGCGCAUCUUUGUGGCCUCGAGCCUGAUCGCCUUCGUCCUUCUGGGAAACAUACUGGAUGCCGAGAAAGCCUUCUUCGUCACUGCCUACUACAAUAUCCUGCGGCGUUCAGUUACGAUGUUCUUCCCCCAGGGCAUCUCUCAGUUUGCCGAGCUCCUGGUCUCCAUUCGGCGUUUGGAGACGUUUAUGCAUCGGCCCGAGACUAAGGUCAGGGAUAAGUCGAUAGCACCGAUUCCUGUUACCAAGUCAGAAUCCCUGAAUGGGGACAGUCCCAAGAGCAAUGGCUUGUCGGACAACCUUAUCGAAUUCAGCCAGUUCCAGGCGAGAUGGGAGAGCCACUCAUUGGAGCCCACACUGGAGGACAUUAAUCUGCAGCUGGGUCGCCGGAAACUGGUGGCUGUCAUUGGACCCGUGGGCGCCGGCAAGUCCAGUCUGAUUCAGGCGGUUCUUGGCGAGCUGCCGGCGGAGAGUGGCCAGCUAAGGGUCAGUGGCAGUUACUCGUAUGCGGCCCAGGAACCCUGGCUCUUUACGGGCACUGUGCGUGAGAAUAUACUCUUCGGCCUAGAGUGGGAUAAGCACCGCUAUCGCACUGUCGUGAAGAAGUGCGCCCUGGAAAGGGACUUUGAACUCCUGCCCUAUGGGGAUAAGACAAUUGUCGGAGAGCGAGGAGCCUCCCUAUCCGGCGGGCAGAAGGCCAGGAUUAGUUUGGCGAGGGCAGUAUACCGGCGAGCGGACAUCUAUCUCCUGGACGAUCCACUCAGCGCAGUGGACACCCACGUGGGACGACACUUGUUUGAUCAGUGCAUGCGCGGCUACCUUCGAAGUGAACUCGUCAUCCUGGUCACGCAUCAGCUUCAGUUCCUGGAGCAGGCGGAUCUCAUAGUUAUCAUGGACAAGGGACGGAUUAGCGCCAUGGGCACCUACUCUUCGAUGAAGCGCAGUGGCUUGGACUUUGCCCAGCUCCUGACAUCGCCGAAUGAAACGGACGAGUCAUUCGACGAGUUGGAGGUGCCACCCGGAGACGGGGUGGACCGUUUGAGUGUGCCAUCGCUGAGCAGGACGGAGAGCCGGGUCAGUAAGCCCAGCACUCGGAACAACAGCUUCACUUCCCUCAGCUCCAUGGCGGAGUCGAUGGCCCAGGAGGCGGCGCUGCAGAUGCAGGAGACCCGCGUGGAGGGCAAGAUCGGCCUGGGACUGUACAAGGAAUACCUCACAGCCGGCAGUAGCUGGCUUCUGCUCCUCUUCAUCCUGUUUCUCUGCCUGGCCACCCAGAUCCUGAGCUCCGCGGCGGACUACUUCUUGGCCUAUUGGGUGGACAAAAAUCAGGAUAAGGCGGACAUGAAAACAGAUCCGGAGGACAUGUACUACUUCACCGCCCUUAACAUAGCCGUGGUGGUGUUCACCAUUGUUCGGACGAUGCUCUUCUACCAGAUGGCGAUGCGGAGUUCCAAGCAACUGCACAACGCCAUGUACCGGGGCAUCACCCGGGCGGCCAUGUACUUCUUUAACACGAAUCCCUCGGGACGCAUCCUCAAUCGCUUCUCCAAGGAUCUGGGCCAGAUUGACGAGCUGCUGCCCUCCGUUAUGCUGGACGUGGUGCAGGUAUUCCUCACCCUGAGCGGCAUCGUCGCUGUGAUCUGCAUAACGAAUCCCUACUACUUCAUCCUGACCUUCGCCUUGGGAGUAGUUUUCUACUACAUCAGAGACUUUUACCUGAAGACCUCCAGGGAUGUGAAGCGACUGGAGGCGGUGGCCAGAUCGCCGAUAUACUCGCACCUGAGCAUCACCAUUAGCGGCCUGCCCACUAUCCGGGCCCUGGGAGCUCAGAAGCAACUGAUUGCGGAAUUUGACAAUCUGCAGGAUCUCCACAGUUCCGGAUACUACACGUUCCUGGCCACGAAUCGAGCGUUCGGCUACUACCUGGACUGCUUCUGCACCUUGUACAUUGUGGUCAUCAUCCUGAACUACUUCAUCAAUCCUCCGGAAAGUACUGGAGAGGUGGGCCUGGCCAUCACCCAGGCGAUGGGCAUGACCGGCAUGGUGCAGUGGGGCAUGCGGCAGUCGGCGGAGCUGGAGAACACGAUGACCGCCGUGGAGCGGGUGGUGGAAUACGACGAGAUCGAGCCGGAGGGCGAGUUCGAGUCCAGGCCGGGCAAGAAGCCAUCGCCGAGCUGGCCCGAACAGGGCGAGAUUGUGGCCGAGGACCUGUGCCUCCGCUACUUCCCGGAUCCGCAGUCCAAGUACGUUCUCAAGGCCCUCAACUUCCAGAUCAGGCCCCGCGAAAAGGUCGGCAUUGUGGGACGAACUGGCGCCGGCAAGUCAUCACUGAUCAACGCACUCUUCCGACUCUCCUACAACGAAGGCACCAUCACCAUCGAUGACCGGGACACGGCCGAGAUGGGACUCUUCGAUCUGCGCAGCAAAAUAUCCAUCAUCCCGCAGGAGCCAGUUCUCUUCUCGGGCAGCAUGCGCUACAACCUGGAUCCGUUCGAGGAGUACCAAGACGCCAAGUUGUGGGAGGCCCUGGAGGAGGUGAAGCUGAAGCCACUGAUCUCCGAGCUUCCCAGCGGACUGCAGAGCAAAAUCAGCGAGGGCGGAACCAACUUCAGCGUGGGCCAGCGCCAGCUAGUAUGUCUGGCCAGAGCCAUUCUCCGGGAGAAUCGUGUUCUGGUCAUGGACGAGGCCACCGCCAAUGUGGAUCCACAGACGGACGCCCUGAUCCAGGCAACUAUAAGGAGCAAAUUCCGGGACUGUACGGUCCUGACGAUUGCCCAUCGACUCAAUACCAUCAUGGACUCCGACAGAGUGCUGGUAAUGGAUGCGGGACAUCUGGUGGAGUUUGGUUCGCCUUACGAACUCCUAACUGCCACCGAAUCCAAGAUCUUCCACGGCAUGGUGAUGGAAACGGGGCAGUGCAGCUUCGAUAGCCUCUUCAAAGUAGCCGAAAAGGCUCAUCUGGACACUCAGAAGCCAAAAGCCGAGUAGGUUCCAACGAGACCUCCACUUGGACACAAAAAAAGUUCUCAUUUCCUGGCUGUAAGCCCUGCAAAGUGUACCUAAUCCAGCCAGCUGCAUUUAAGUUAAUUUACUACUUAAAGUAUUACUCCCUCGAACCGUAAAUACUUACGAAACUUCCAUGUGGUACUUGUACUGUAAAAUACAUACAUAAAGUCAGCUCCAUUAAACUUUUAAAUAUACCGCCAAAAAACCUC